AUGGAGAAGGCAGACAGCUCAAGAGAAGAUUCAAAAUGGGCAACUCUAGACAGAAACAUACUUGCCAUUAUCUUCGAUAAGCUCGACAUAAUGGACAUUACCAUGGGAGCUUCACGUGUAUGCAUCUAUUGGUUCCUUGUCUCUCACAACAUAACUCUAUGGAACACCAUCGACCUCUCCAAGUUCCAACACAAGGGCAAAAACGUCAUCUACAAAUACAGGGUUGACGAUGAAGAUCUCAUGUUUGUUGCUGAGAGGAUGCCAAACAUAGAGAAGCUUGCUUUACCGGUUUCAUGGUCACUGUGUAAUGCGGUGAACUCAUUUAGGUUUGCGUUUAGUCAGUGGAAGAAUCUUAAAACACUGAUCAUGGCUCAUAAUGACUUUUUCAUCUGGCCGUACACAUUUGAGUUUCGAGUUGUGGGAGAGAACUGCAGUAACCUGAAUAACUUGAAGAUUAUGGGUUAUUUGGAUAACAAAGAUGCUGUGGAAAUCGUGCGUUACCUCCAGAGCCUCAAGAGGUUGAGUUUACAAUGCUCUUUGGUCACCGUUGAAGGAGUUCUCUCGCUAAUAAGAGGCCUUGAAAACCUCGUGAUCUUUAACGUGACACAUUGCAAAUACUUGGAUUAUAAUCCUAUCACGAUGAAUAUUAUUGUACAAGCUGCCACUCAGAAGCUUGAAAAGUUUAUCAUAUGUUCAGAAAACGAUUGCAAGGUUUGCAAAGAUCGACCUAACGUACUCCGGCUACAUGGUUUUUACGAGAAAAGUUGGUGUAAUGAUGAGAUAAAGGAACUUGAAUUCUGA